AUGUCUUCAUCAGAUGAAGAAAUUGUAAUAAAUCGUUCUGCAAAACGUUCAAACAGAAGUGUACCAAAGAAUAGUGCAAAGGAAGAGACUUUAGCUAAAAUACGUGAAGCUAGAGCUGGUGGUAUAAAGUACAAACCAAAUAUUGAAGUUAAAGAUGUUUAUGAAACAAUAGAUGAAGAAGAGUAUCAAAAGUUAGUCAAUGAAAGACAAAAAAAUGCUUUUGUUGUUAAUGAUAUAGGUGAUGGAUAUUGUAGUGAUGAAGAUGAUAUUGUUGAUGAAUAUGACACUAUUGAAGAAGAAGAAAAAAAUAUUAAAAUAAAAAAAAAUAAAAAUCAAAAAUCUAAAAAAGGUGGCAUAAAAAAUUUUUUUAAUGUUGCUCCAAAAGAGAAGGUAAAUGACAACAUGACGGUAAAAUUUGAUGAAGAUGAGGUACUAAAGGACUUGUUAAAAGAAUUUGAUGGUGCUGAAGAGACGAAGAAUAGUGAUAUAGUUGAGCCACAUGUUAGAAAUCCUUUUAAAAGACAUUUACAAAGUCCUGUUGAAAAUGAAAAACCAAUUAAAUCUGCUAAAAUUUUUUCUACACCUGUAAAAGCUAAUACACCUGUCAAUGAAAUGGAGCAUAUUAUAACAAGUCAAGAAAAAGUUAUCCUAGAUGAUUCAAAAAAUAUCAAAAAUGAAAAAAACAAAUCUGAAGAUGUCGUUAUGACAGAUGUUACAUCCAAAACAAACGAUGAUAUGGUAGAUGAUUUCGAUGAAUCCCUUGAUGAUACAGUGUUUAAAGAACAAAAAAUAAAAAAAGUUGAAAGUAAUAAAGGUUUAAAUGUAUGUGAAGCAGAGAAUUUUGUUGAGGAAGAAGUUCAUCAGGAUAAUGAAGAUAUUAUUGAGUCUCAAGAUGAUGUUGAUUUUGUUGAAGAUUUUAAUGACAGUGUAGGCAUUAAUAAUUUGGAAAGUGAUGAUAAUAAAAUUACCAUGUACUUUCUUGAUGCUUUUGAAGAUCCAAUUAAGCAUCCAUCAGAUGUAUAUUUGUUUGGCAAAAUGAACACAGGUAAAUAUCAUAGCAAAUCAGUUUGCUUAAAGUUGCAUAAUAUUGAAAGACAAGUUUUUUUUUUACCUAGAAUUAUUCGAUUUAAAGAUGGAAAUGACACUGAUAUUUUGGUUAAAAUGGCUGAUGUUCAUGAAGAAGUAAGAAGUAUAUUACUGAAAGAUUAUAAUAUUACUAUUUUUAAAAGUAGAGUUGUCAAAAAGAAACUGGCGUUUGAAGAUGAAGAAUUGAAUAAUAAAGAAAUCGAGUGCCUGGAAGUACGUUAUAAUGCUAAAUUACCUCGUUUAUCCUCAACUUUGAGUGGUGAAACUUUUUUCAAAGUUUGUAAUACAACUGCAACUUCCUUAGAAAGGGUAUUACUUGAAUGCAAUAUUAUGGGACCAUCAGUAAUACAAAUUAAAAAUGCAAAGCCUGUAGAUUCAAAAAUUAGCUAUUGCCAACUAGAAUUUUCAUGUGAUAUGGAAAAAAUGGAUAAUAUUUCAAAUCCUGAAAAUUUCAAAACUUUAAGAGUUCCAGCAAAAAUGGUUUCCUUCAAUGUAAUAACUGACUCAACACGAAAAAAUGAAAAUGGAAUUGUCAUGAUUAAUGGUGCAUUUGAUCUAGUGAAUAGUAGUAUUGACAAAAUCUGCACUGAUCCAAAAAGGAUUAUUAAAUUUUGUUAUAUGACUAAUCCAUACGGAAUGUCAAUUCCUUUUAAUUGGAAAGAGAAAUGUAAAGCAAAAGGAAUUGCACAUAUUGAGUAUCUAAAAAAUGAACGUGAAGUUAUUUUAAAAUUUCUUGGAUUUCUAGAAAAAAAUGACUUUGAUUUUUACAUUGGUCAUGAUUUUACGGAGAUGUUGUCAAAACUUGUAAAGAGAUUAAAUGAUUUAAAAAUUCCUCAAUGGUCAAGAAUAUCAAGAUUAAAAAGAACUGUUGAUAUUAGUAAAGUAAGCUAUGCUAAAUCCAAUCAGUCCGAAUUAAUUUGUGGAAGAUUAGUGGCUGAUUCAAGAAUAUCAGCUAUGGAAUUAUUGAAAGCCAAAUCUUAUGAUUUAGAUGAUCUUGUUGAACAGUUGUUUGGAAUAAAAAGAGAUGCAUAUUAUAUAAGCGAUGCAGUUAACGAAAUAUAUAAAAAUGGACAAGCGUUGGCUGGUUUUAUUGAAAAAUGUAUUGAAGAUUCAAAAUAUUCAAUAAAUAUUGUUAGUAAAUUAGAUACAAUACCAUUAUUUGCUCAAAUUACACGUACUGUUGGUGGUGUAUUUUCAAGAACUUUACUUGGUGGUCGUUCUGAAAGAAAUGAAUAUCUUCUUCUUCAUGCUUUUCACAACAGAAAUUAUAUACCUCCUGAUAAACAUAUAAAAAUAUCUUCAAGAAGUGUAAAGAAAGAAAAUGAUACUAUUAUUGGUACUAAAAAAACAACUUUUUCUGGUGGUAUGGUUCUCGAACCAUUAAAAGGUUUAUAUGAUACUUUUAUUGUUCUUCUUGAUUUUAAUUCAUUGUAUCCUAGUAUAAUUCAGGAGUACAAUAUAUGUUUUACAACAAUUCCUAAUUGUAGGAAAGAAUUUGACGAUGAACAAAAUUUACCUGAAGCUCCUGGAAGUAGUAAACAACUAGGUAUUCUUCCUGUUGAAAUACGUAAACUUGUUGACUCCAGACGUUUUGUAAAAAAUACACUUAAAAAUGUAAAAAAAUUAGAUCAAUUAGAAAGAAGGAAAUUAGAAAUAAAACAAAUGGCUCUGAAAUUAACAGCUAACAGUAUGUAUGGUUGUCUGGGUUUUGAUGCAUCAAGAUUUUGUGCCAAAAGUCUUGCAGCACUUGUAACUUUCAAAGGAAGAGAAAUUUUGUUGAGUACAAAAAAUUUAGUUGAGAAAGCUGGUUAUAGAGUUAUUUAUGGUGAUACAGAUUCAAUUAUGAUUAAUAGUAAUUCACGUUCAUUAAAUGAAGCAAAGGAUAUUGCUACAACUGUAAAGAAAUUGGUUAACAAAUGUUACAAAAAUCUAGAACUUGAUUUAGAUGGUGUAUACAAAAAAUUGUUACUAUUAAAAAAAAAGAAAUAUGCUGGACUUUCUGUUAAUCCAAAUAAUGAAAUGGAAAUUAAAUGUGAAUUAAAAGGACUUGAUAUUGUUAGAAGAGAUUGGUCAGUAUUGGUAAAAGAGACUGGUAAUACUGUUAUAAAUUUAAUAUUUUCAAAAGAUCGUGAAGAUUUAAGUUUUGAAAUAAUUUCUAUGUUAGGUUCCUUAAAAAAUAAAAUAAUUAAUGGUGAAUUUUCUUUGGAUAAAUUUGAAAUUUUUAAACAAUUAACUAAAAAUCCUACUGAAUAUGGUGAUAUUAAAAGUCAACCACAUGUUUCUGUUGCUUUACGAUUAAAUAAAACUGGACAAUUUCAUUAUAAAGCUGGUGAUGUUGUAAAAUAUAUAAUUUGUGAUGAUGGAACUACAAAUUCUGCCCCACAGCGGUCUUAUCAUAAAAUGGAAAUUGAAGCAAAACAAAGUCUUAAAGUGGAUGUAGAUUAUUAUUUAAAGCAACAAAUAUCACCUGUAAUUAGAAGAUUAUGUGAACCAAUUGAAGAGAUUAAUCCAAUACAAAUAGAUGAAGCACUAGGUUUAGACACAACUGCUUUAAGAAGAAAAUUAUUAGAAAAUGACAAUCCAAUGGAUGAAGAUGAUAUGGAUGCAACAUUUGAGCAAAAUUAUGAUUCAUGUGAAUCAUUUACUUUUAAUUGUCCUAAUCCUGAGUGUAUGGUCGAAAUUGAAAUAAGAACUCCCGUAAUUACAUUUGAAAAUAUAACCAAAUUUGCUCUUGAGCAAUGUAACAAAUGUAACUGUAAUUUUUAUGAAAAAAAGGGAUAUAUAAUUAAUUGUUUAAUAGAACAAUUAAGAAAGCAGAUUAAAAAUUAUUGUACUAGUGUUUAUAUUUGUGAUGAUGAAACAUGUGCCUAUCAAUCACAAAGACCGCCGAUUAAAAUUUCAAAACAUGGACCAAUGUGCUUAAAAUGUGAAAAUGGAGUAAUGAAGAAAAAAUAUAGUAUUAGAAAAUUAUAUGACCAACAAUGUUUCUUUAGAAAUAUAUUUGAUAUUGAACAAGCUAUCACACAUGGAUACAUUUCUCCAGAAGGUAAGGAACAAUUAGAAAAAACUGUCAAUUACUUGGAAUACAAGGAAAUUUACUUAUAUUUGUUAAAUAUCGUAAACAAGUAUAUCAAUAUGAACACUUUUAAUAUCGUGGAUUUAGACUUUAUUUUUGCACCAUCAUUUUCAUAA